AUGGCACUUUUGAGAGGAUGGAGGCUGGCGGUGGAUGGCGUGGUGCUGGACUUGGAGAAAAGAAAACAGAUUCUUGUAUUGAACUUGCUGUCUGGUUUGAUUGUCCCAAUUGGAGCUACUGGUGGCAUGGCCGGAAAGGAUCCCCUGGAGGAGUGGGAUGACCUGAUGGAACGCUUGGACUUCGACCUAGGUGAUGGCGUCAACAGCAGUUUGAUGUGCUUCAUGGCGUGA